AUGGCCGUACCGACACUUCGUAUCCUGAUCGAUGGUGAUUGCAACAAGGUGUAUAGACGAGGUGACAAGGUUACAGGGAGGGUGUCAUUUGUGGCAGAAGAGCAGGAGCACAUCGAGUCCUUUAAACUCAUAUUCGUCGGCAGCUGCAUUACAAAGACAACACGACCAUCCAAGGAUUCGUAUGCACGAAAGGAGUUCGAGGAGCGGAUACGAUUCUUCAAUUGCGAACGCGAAGUUGUACCGCGGUCCACUCUCAAUCCGAACAAGUACUCAUGGGCAUUCGAUUUCACAUUUCCUCAGACGACUCAGCAAUCGUACAAACGACUCUCACGCGGUGCCCACUACCUGCGGGAGCCGCAUCCACUGCCGCCCUCUUUUCAGCUCGAGACCAGUAUCCCAGGAGGUGCCGCCCAAAUAUCCUACUUUGUUCAGGCACGACUCGUUUUGGGCGGAUCGAAAGGCGCACGGAAGGUGAAGCAGAUGCUUCAGUAUCGACCCACAUCGCGCGAGAAUCUGCCCAGAGAGCCUAACCUGACCGCCAGUGUGCUUUACGGUCAGACAUGGAAGCCAUCCAGAAGCAACGAAAGUCGGUCAACAGUCGACAAGGUCCUACGGAGGUCGUCCAAUAAGCCGCCGAGCAUUGUACCUACGAUCUUCUACCCAGAAAAGAUCGUCCCUGGUCAGCAUAUCCCAUUAUCAAUGUGCCUCCUGAACAGCCGAGACCGCAUGAACGAAGCACAAGCAGAAUGCACAAUUGACUCACUUUCUCUCACAAUCUCAACAUACUCGACGACAAUGUGUGGCCACACACUCACCCAGCCCGAAGACGUCGUCUCAAAGCACGUCAACUGCAUCGCUAAAACCAACAUGAAUAGAGCCGUUCCUUUCAACAAGACCCAGAACCUGACAACGAACUUCAGACUCGUCAAUGACGCCGAAUGCAUCCCCACCUUCAAAACCUACACAAUCACUCGACGCUACAUGAUGAGCAUAACAGUUGGCAUCAGAUUUGGAGACCAGCAUUUCACAGUGCGACACAACGCGCCUCUGGAAAUCCUGCCUCGGCCACCUUGCUCAUUAUCAUCGCCGCCGUUUGAGGAGGGCGAGGAAGCGGAGCCGCUGCCAAUGUACACACCAAGAGAGCCAUCGAGAGAGUUUGCGCCACAUUACGAGUCUAUCUAUGCGCUUUCGAGAACGUCUUCUACUUCAGAGAGCCUCGCGAGGUGGAAUACGGCGUCGAGUGUGACUUCAGGUACGAGCACGGCGGCGACUGAGACUUCGAUGCCAGCUUCUGAGGUGGAUGAGCCGCUGUAUGAACGCCGGGCCAUUAUAGCAAGCUAA